AUCCCGGACUGCUGCUGCUGCCGUCACCACUGCCAGGGAGAGGCCGAGAGCCCAGCCGGCGUGGGUCCCGGAGGAGAGCACUGCUGCCUGGCGAUCCGUCCCAGUCGCGGUUGAGGCUAGGGGCUUGCGGCGAUGUGAGCCAUGAGCACGACCUGGACGCUGUCCCCCGAGCCGCUGCCGCCGUCGACGGGACCCCCGGCGGGCGCGGGGCUGGACGCCGAGCAACGCACAGUCUUUGCCUUCGUGCUCUGCCUGCUCGUGGUGCUCGUCCUGCUGAUGGUGCGCUGCGUGCGCAUCCUACUCGACCCCUACAGCCGCAUGCCCGCCUCGUCCUGGACCGACCACAAGGAGGCACUCGAGCGUGGCCAGUUCGACUACGCGUUGGUUUGAACCACCUCACCCUGGGGUGGCCUUCCAUCGGGUCGGGGCCCACCGGUCUGUUGUGGGGUGCCGGUCUGUUGUGGGGUGCCGCCGGCCCGACCGCCCUCUGGAUCCCGCCCCAGAGCCCAGCCCAAGGAGGAGGGCAUGAGAAGUCCAGCCCCUCCUCCCCCAGACCCCUCCCAUAUACUCAGGCCUCUGCCAUCAUCCCUCCCCGCAAGCCCGAGCCCCACUUCGUGCCUUUUCCCGCCCUGUCCUCGCCCCCAAAUUCACCGAUCCCCACAGCGUGUAGGUGACUGCUAUUGUUCUACCGCCAGCAUAAAUGUUAUGUCGGUUCCAGGAUAGGGAGACUCCUCUGUCCCUCCCUUCCCCUGUGGUCUGGCCAUCCCACUAGAUACCCCGUAAAUGCUGAACCCCUCCUUUGGCUCCCUCCUGGACCCACGGGGUGGAUGCUGCAUACCAAUAUGCCCUGUGCAGCCUGGCCUGAAUCCCAGCGUGAAGAGCAACAAUGGCUGCUGUGUUCUGUGGGGGCAAAGUGCGGCAGACUCACUCCUGCCCCAGUCCAGUCCCUGGUUUAUAUCAGCACUCCCUGCCCCUAGUCACCACCUCUGUAAGCCAGUCACUGGCAAUCCUGCCACCUUCCCCCUGAUUCCUCCUGCCACACCCCCACACCAUCUCCCUGCUGCCCAUGCCCUUCUCAUGCCUUCUCACUCCUGCCUCUGAGCUGAUGGUAAUAAUAAAAGCUAUUAUUGAGCACUUACUUGAGCCAAGCAGCAA